AUGUUACAAAAUAAAAUCAAAGUUUAUUCUGCAAUUAACAAGGAGGUUUACAAAUCACUCAUGAUUUUAUGUUACAAAUGUUCUCAUGUAUUUACGGCUGCAAUCGAAGUCAUUUUUUCGUCAAUAACCAUUGUUCAACAAAACAACGUUUUAAUUUUUUACUUUUUUACCUAUUGGUCGCUUAUCCGGAAUGAGAUUGUAGAAAAAUGGAAAGGAACAGGGUAUUAUAGUGUAGAUGAUAUUUUUGAUAAUUGGACUUUAGAGGGAAAAUGUUCAACUUUCUUCAAAGGAAUCGACACCGCGUUAAAGUACUACAAAAAGUCUCUUGAAUUGUUAGAUAAAUACAACGCAGAUGAAAUUUUACGACAGUCUAAUAUAUUACCCCGGGAAAAAAUUACACUUAUCAAGAAAUAUCCGAUGCUGUUUCCAAGAGAAUUGAUGGAAAAACACCGAUUAUUGAAUAAACUUCAGAACGAUCUAAUUUUGGUGAACAUUUGGUUUUAUUUGGAUAAUAAUUUGAAUCCUGUUGACCCAACUGAUAUUGACAAUCCUUUUGAAAGUUUCUACAGCUGUAAACAUGAUCAAUUAAUUUAUUAUCCAGAUUCUCAGGGAUAUGUAGAUGAAGUCAUGCGAUAUUUCGAAUCGCCCGAAUCAUCUAUUUGUGAUCGUCAGUUUACAACAAACUGGCAUCGGGAAAUUAUCAAAUUUUUUCACUACGAUGAACUCUAUCAGCAUGAAAAUGACAUUCAUUUCGAACUAAGCGUACAAUAUUUUUCGGAGGACUGUAAUUGGGAUGUCGAUCAUUGGCAUCCAACAUGUAAGAAACAAGACAUCCCUUGGGUGAUUUCUGAUUUUUUGCCCCAACUAAAUAACGCAACCAAUUCUACAUGUUCGGAAUCCGAUUGGAAUAUAGUGUCUCAAGUCUCGCCAAUUUUUCAUCGAGUAGAGUCUACUGAGUGGAAUGACAAAAAUUGGCAUAUACUGCCAGAUUCUGAUAAAGUAUUAAAAAAUAGAUAUGAAGAAUUUAAAAGUUGCAUAUCAGGAAUCGAAGCAGUCAAUAGUCCGUCUAAAUAUUUAACCCAGCCGUCUAUUCUGCACAGCAAAUAUAACAUCAGUGAUAUUUUACGCCAAGGUAACAUUACGCCGGGAAAUAAUUACACUUAUCAAGAAAUUUCAGAUGCUGUGUCUAAGGUCACACACGGAAAGAAACCUAUCAUUAAAUGUUUAUGGAAUCAUCAUCUCAACACAUUGGCAUUAGACCAAAUAACAUUAUUUUUCGACGAAUCAUUGAAAUUGAUUGAUCCAUUGCAAUAUUAUUAUCUUGGAAAGUGUUCACCUGAUUUUCCGAUUCUUUAUUUGUCAGAAGGCUUAGAUGCACGCCUAGCCCUCGGACGAGUGAUUUACGAAGAUCCUUUAGAAAAAUAUCCGACACUCCGGGAGGAUGAUAAUGGAUAUUACAUAUUUAGGCAAAAAUACGAACCAGCUUGGUGUAACCAACUUACAAACAAAUGUAAUAAAUUAAAUUAUCCGUGGUCGAUUAAGUCAUUUUUUUUUGGCUUCAAAGAUAAUGUAGAGUUUACAUGCUUCGAAUAUGGUGAUGACCCUCGUCAUUCAGAGGAAUUUAACAUGACCUCUUUGUCGGAUAUCCAGAAUGAUAUUUUAGAAAAAUGGGGUCAAAAUAGAGAAUAUUCAGUAUUAUUCGGUAGUGUGGAACAAAACAUUGCUAUUACUUGGCUGGAACAGGGAAGAUGUACGACUUACUUCAAAGGAAUCGACACAGAGUUAAAGUACUACAAAAAAUCUCUAGAAUUGUUCGAUAAAUACAACAUUGAUGCAAUUUUACGACAAUCUAAUAUUACUCCUGGAAAAAAUUACACUUAUCAAGAAAUAUCCGAUGCUGUUUCGACGAGAAUUGACGGAAAAACAGCGAUUAUUGAAUGCGGACACAUUGAUCAAUAUGAUCAAAGUCCAGGAAAUUUAAACGAAAUUAAGUUUUAUUUGGAUAAGAAUCUUAAUCCUGUUGACCACACGGACAUUGACAAUCCUUUUCAACUCCAGGACAGCUGUAAGCACGAUCAAUUAAUCUAUUAUCAAGAUACUCAGGAUUAUAUAGAUGAAGUCCGAAAAAUAUUGAAUGAUAACCCUUGGGUGAUUUCUGAUUUUCUGCCCCAACUUAAUAACGCAACCGAUUCUACAUGUUUGGAAUCCAAUGGGAAAUUAGUGUCUCAAGGUUUGCCAACUUCUCAUCGAGAAGAGUCUACUAAGUGGUAUGAUAAAGAUUGGCAAAUACCGCCACAUUCUGAUGAAGUAUUAAAAAAUAGAUAUGAAGAAUUUAAAAGUUGCAUCUCAGGAAUUGAAGCAGUCAAUAGUCCGUCUAAAUAUUUAAACCAGCCAUUUAUUCUGCACAGGAAAUAUAACAUCAAUGAUAUUUUACGCCAAAGUAACAUUAGGCCAGGAAAUAACUACACUUAUCAAGAAAUUUCAAAUGCUGUGUCUAAGGUUACACACGGAAAAAAACCUAUCAUUAAAUGUUUAUGGAAUCAUCAUCUCAACACAUUGGCAUUAGACCAAAUAACAUUAUCUUUCGACGAAUCAUUGAAAUUGAUUGAUCCAUUGAAAUAUUAUUAUCCUAGAAAGUGUUCACCUGAUUUUCCGAUUCUUUAUUUGUCAGAAGGCUUAAAUGCACGCAUAGCCUUCGGACGAACGAUUUAUGAAGAUCCUUUAGACAAAUAUCCGACACUCCGGGAGGAUGAUAAUGGAUAUUACAUAUUUAGGCAAAAAUACAAACCAGCUUGGUGUAACCAAUUUACAAACAAAUGUAAUAAAUUAAAUUAUCCAUGGUCGAUUAAGUCAUUUUUUUUGCCUUCAAAGAUAAUGUAG